AUGUCGGCCCCACAGAAAGACGUAUCCGGAGAUGCUAAAAGCCAGGAGACAGUAGCACCUGCUGCAACAAUGUCAAAGAUGCAUACCAUGGAAUCUCGUCGUCCUUCUGAUAUCGAAGAAGCAAUCAAACGCAUCAAGGCCAUGGCUACCGAGCGUAUUCGUCAAAAGACCGUUGCUACUCGGGCUUCGCUAUCUAUUAUUACCAGUACCGAGGGCACCUCUAGCUCCAAGGAGGAUACCCUAAAGCCAGAUAAUGGUCCCGAAGGCGACCAACUUGCUGUCACAGCCAACGUUUUGCACAUGCCUCUCGAAGACACACCAAAGGAAGCGACUGACCUUCUUGAUGGUCUCCUCUCCGCUGCUACCAAGUUAAAUCAUGUUCUCGACGAACCAGCCAAGAAUCCAAAAAACGACAGUGGUCUUACCAAGGCAGAUGAGAUCUCUACCAACACCGCGGCCGAUGACUUGAAGUCCCUUGAGCCGUUCUUGAAGCUAUCGUUGAAGGACACUAGGUUGCCUGAUACUAAACAAACUGUCUCGGAGCAAGAUGAAUCCAAGCCUACCAGCGUCUUCGUUAUUCCCAAGGCAAAGCCAAAGGUGUUCGAGCCUAAACUCCCACAAACGGAGGACGGGUUCUCACCACAGCCUUGGGUUAGGCGCCGCUACACAAUUUCACAGCUUUUACUACUCGGCGAGAUUAUGCCAUAUAUCAUCUGUCCCCGAGAUCGAUUCAACAUCAAUACUUUUAGUUACGAUCUCGUUCAUAUCCCCGGAUUGGGAAAUGAGUCUACUGGCAACCACAUCGUCGACCACCAAAUUCUCACUUUAAACCUUCGUACUGAGUUAAUCGCUUUUCAGUACUUUACUACUUGUGGAUACCGAUACCUCGAACGUUUUAAGAAUCCUGACCAUACCCUUUACGUAAAAGGACUUUGGGUCGAGGUUCGUGGAUCCGCUGGACUUCGAGACCAUGGCGGAUAUCGCAAUGCUUAUCGUCCAAAGCCUUAUGAUGCCUGUGUCAAAGAAGGCUUAAUCAAGGAGAACCAAGAAGCUGAAAUUCAAGCAGCUCUCGAACGUGGCUACAACACUAAUCACGGCAAUCACCCAUAUCCAAACAAUAAUUAUCGCGGCCGUGGAAGCCGUGGUGGACGGGGUGGUGUUGGAUACCGCGGUGGCAGCUCUCGUGGGAACUACAGAGGUGGAUUUGUCUCGGCCAGCACCGAUCGACCCCUUUUGAAGGAAAAUUCAAUGAUAUCUUUACCGGGCCCUAACCCUAGUGCCCAUCCAGGUCCACCAACUCCAAUCGUUAGGAACGACAUUGCGUUGGCCACGACUAAACAGGCUGGGACUCUGCACGAGCUAUCCAAAAGUUAUGCAGAAAUUCAAAUCGCCCGCACUGAGGUUGAAGAAGUCGCUGCCGGGAUUGGGCAUGGUGCCCCUGAUGAAAUGGUCGAGUUAGUCCGACAGGCAAAGGAGAAGUUAGCUGAGAAAAAAGCUGAAAUUACGAACAAAUGGGGAGGUAUUUACGGAUAUACUAUUCAAGAUCCAAAUAAGGAAUCAGUUGAAAAGCCAAAGGGAUUAGGAGGAGCUUCGAGUACUCAAGAGCAGCAGAUGCAAUACAUCAAGUACAUGCUACAAACGCCUCUUGCUCCUGUUCUCGACACCACCCAGGCUGCUGGUAGUCUCACGCCUUCGAUGGAGUUAGCUCAGCCCAACUUUGACCCCAAGGACGAAUCAGAUUCGGAACCAAAGUGA